CUUAAUUCCGUUUGAGUUACCAUAGCGACCUCUACCGCCUGCUGCGUAAUACUCGCGACGCGAUCGGUUGGAAGGUACACGAAAUUGAAAACAAAUAAAAAUAUGCCUUUGUCCCCCGAAACGCGUGUCGGCGUGUCAAAGAUGAAAUUCGAAAUGACACCGUGACAUUUACCUGUCUCGCCACUCUCGCCCUAUACGCGAUAAAAUUCGGCCUAUCGACGCAUGUCGGUUGGCAGUCGAAUCAGUCGAAUCGUGGAUAUCGUGAUGUGGUACGACGAGAACGGUGAACGAAUGGCCGGCUUAUAACCUGAAAACAUUGACGACGGGGUGCGCGACAUGCUAGGAGCAGAAGUCCGUGACGAUGGAUGACACGUACGAGCUGAACCUGAAAAACGUAGCCGGGUGGAUCGCGUCCGCGGCGAUGAUAUUUGGUGCGAUCAUACCCUACGUGCCGCAAUAUAAAGAGAUCAAGAGGAAGGAGGACGCCGAAGGAUUCUCUCUUUACGUUUGUCUCACUCUCUUGAUCGCCAACACUCUACGUAUACUGUUUUGGUUUGGCAAACACUAUGAACUUCCGCUGCUGUUCCAAAGUAUACUCAUGAUUCUGGCAAUGUUUGUUAUGAUUAAGCUAUGUAUUAAUGUACAAAAUAGGACGCAGAUAAUCAAAACAAAAGAACGUGUACUUACAGAUUUGGAUGCUAGAUUUUUUUGGAAAUGGACAGACUUCAAGUCCUAUCUGGGCUUUAUGGUACUAUUCGCUAGUAUAGGCGGUGUGAUAACAUAUUUAUUUCUGGAUAUUCCAAUAUUUAUUGAAGUUGUUGGAUUCUUAGCAGUGUUGAUAGAAGCUAUGCUAGGAGUCCCUCAAUUUCUUCGCAAUUCGUCUAACAAAUCGACUGUAGGAAUGAGCAUAGCUAUGGUAGCGAUGUGGACUGUGGGAGAUAUUUUUAAGACAUGCUAUUUUAUUUUGAGGGACACUCCCGUGCAAUUUCAAGUGUGUGGUGCCGUUCAAGUCACGAUUGAUGUUGCUAUUUUAGCACAAGUAUACCUCUACAAGACUAACAACAAUAUACAUACAAGAACUCCUACGAGAUCAGACUGAAGAUCGUUUAGGGCACUAUCUAUCGAAUACAGAAACUUCCAACAAAUACUUUGGCUAGAUCGAAACAUACAGAUUUUUAGCGUUUUUAUCGAUCUAUGAUGAAUUAUAGAAAAAAAAAUAUAUAUAUAUAUAUUUUUAUACUGACUAAGUAUUGAACGACAGAUUUAUCAAACGACAGAUUUAUAUGUAUUUAAGUCUUCUAAUGUGUACCAAAGUGCAGUUAAUAUUUUGAUAACAAUUUUAACAUUUGUCGAUAUUUAAUGUACAACAUCUACAUUAUCUUUUUAUAUAUCUCAUUCACCGCACGUUCCAAACCAAAUGUAAUCAUCAGUUCCUCAUUUUAUUUACGUAAAUAUAAUGUUAUCUUAUUGAA